AACGACGUGCUAGCCGGUGUGACUUCAGCAGCUCUUUCACGAUACUACUUUAGGAAGUCUGGUGACAGUAACCCUAAGAGAAUCUGUUUGCGAUCAUUCGUCCUAGUUGACACAAGGCCAGUCUCCACCCGACAAACAUAUGUUACCAGGGUAAAGACAGGCAAUCAACUCAGUAGCCUCAUCUGUCCGUUUAAUAUAGCCUUGCAAGAUGAUCCCCUUGGGUAUGUUCGCGAGGCAAGAAGGUUUAUGCAUAGGAAAAAGAGCUCUUUAGAAGUACUGUUCACACAAGUGGUCGGAGAGUUUUUGGUGAAAAACUUUGGUGCCAAGGCAGGAGCUUUUAUCUUCCGCCGCUUUCUCAAACAUACAACCAUCAUACUUUCAAAUGCUCUUGGACCCGUUGAACAUAUGACGUUAUGUGGGCACCCAGUUGCCUUCAUGGCACCUAGCAUCUAUGGCCAACCACAAGCUUUAACCGUGCACUACUAUAAUUAUGGUAGUGAUAUCAAGGUAGUUAUGGCAGUUGAUGAAGCACAUUUUCCAGAUUGUCAUCGACUUUUGGAUGAUUUUUCCGAGUCCAUUAGGAUCAUUAAGAAUGCGGCAGCCCUCAAGAUGUUGAAAACAUCAAUCCAUAAUAGCAAGACCGAGUGACAAAAGAUUGGAUUGGUGCACAUAUACCCAAUUAAUUAAUAAAUAAAAAUUGCAUAUGAAACUAUGUAUAAUACUAGUAUGUUGUGUGUAUUUGUAUUGUAAACAUUUCUUGUGUGUUCUUUAAUACAUUGUGAUUAUGGCAA